GAGGGCCCCCUUCCGGGAAGAGAGUGAAGGACUGUCCAAGCAGCUGCCGGAGCCCCUUUUAACUCUGGGGAACUCCGGUCUCUCUCCCCAGAUAGGACGUGGUCUCCUGCAACUUGAACCUUCUUGGAGGAAAAGGAAACAGAUUUUGGAAGAGUCGAGACACCUGGGCCAUUUGGCAGGGCAACCACCCUCACCGCCUGUUGUGGACACCGCGCAGGGCAGAGUCCUGGGGAAAUAUGUCAGCUUAGAAGGUUUUGCACAGCCUGUGGCCGUUUUCCUGGGAGUCCCUUUUGCCAAGCCCCCUCUUGGAUCCUUGAGGUUUGCUCCACCGCAGCCUGCAGAACCAUGGAUCUUCGUGAAGAAUACCACCUCUUACCCUCCCAUGUGCUCCCAAGACCCAGUGGUGGGGCAGAGACUCUCAGAGUUCUUUACCAACAGAAAGGAGAACAUUAAUCUCAAGUUUUCCGAAGACUGUCUUUACCUAAAUAUUUACACUCCUGCUGACUUGAGGAAGAGAAGCAGGCUGCCGGUGAUGGUGUGGAUCCACGGAGGCGGUCUGAUGUUGGGCGGGGCAUCAACCUAUGAUGGGCUGGCCCUCUCUGCCCAUGAAAACGUGGUGGUGGUGACCAUUCAGUACCGCCUGGGCAUCUGGGGAUUCUUCAGCACAGGGGAUGAACACAGCCGGGGGAACUGGGGUCACUUGGACCAGUUGGCCGCAUUGCACUGGGUCCAGGAGAACAUUGCCAACUUCGGAGGAGAUCCAGGCUCUGUGACCAUCUUUGGAGAGUCAGCAGGAGGGGAAAGUGUCUCUAUUCUUGUGUUAUCUCCCCUGGCCAAGAAUCUCUUCCACCGGGCCAUCUCUGAGAGUGGUGUGGCCCUCACUUCUAUCCUGGUCAAGACAGACGUGAAGGCUGCAGCUAAGAAAAUUGCUGUCUUUGCUGGGUGUAAAAGCACCACCUCAGCUGUCCUUGUUCACUGCCUGCGCCAGAAGACAGAGGACGAGCUCUUGGAGAUAACGCUGAAGAUGAAAUUUUUCACUCUUGAUUUACAUGGAGACCCCAGCGAGAGCUUUCCUUUCCUGCCCACCGUGCUUGACGGAGUGCUGCUGCCAAAGACGCCCAAAGAGAUUCUGGCUGAAAAGAAUUUCCACCCCGUUCCCUACAUCGUGGGAAUCAACAAGCAGGAGUGUGGCUGGAUUCUGCCAAUGUUCAUGGGCUACUCAUUCUCUGAAGGCAAGCUGGACCAGAAGACAGCCACAUCACUCAUGUGGAAGUCCUACCCCAUCCUUAGCAUCCCUGAGGAACUGACCGCGGUGGCCGCUGACACGUAUUUAGGAGGAACAGAUGACCCUGCCAGAAAGAAAGACCUGUUCCUGGACUUGAUUGCAGAUGGGGUGUUUGGUGUCCCAUCUGUGAAUGUGGCCCGUCACCACAGAGAUGCCGGAGGCCCCACUUACAUGUAUGAGUUCCAGUAUCGCCCAAGCUUCUCAUCAGAGAUGAAACCCAAGACGGUGAUAGGGGACCAUGGGGAUGAGCUCUUCUCGGUCUUCGGGGCUCCAUUUUUGAAAGGUGGUGCCUCAGAAGAGGAGACCAAUCUCAGCAAGAUGGUGAUGAAAUUUUGGGCCAACUUUGCUCGGAACGGGAAUCCCAACGGGGAGGGGCUUCCCCAUUGGCCAGUAUAUGACCAGAAAGAAGGGUACCUUCAGAUUGGCGUCACCACCCAGGCAGCCGAGAAGCUGAAAGACAAGGAAGUGGCUUUCUGGAACGAGCUCCUGUCCGAGGAGGCGGCAAAGAAGCCACCCCAGUUAAAACAUGCUGAGCUGUGAACGGGAGGCUCAGCUGGCCUUGGGAGCUUGUGGGACCCCAGACGGGUAUUCUGUAGAAGGUGUUUGUGGGCCAAAGAGGCAUCUUAUUGUGGAGGCUGGGGAAUUAUCUGAUGGGAGUAGCAGAGGUCAGGGAGGGGGAAUUUCUGUUUCUGUGGCCUCAAUUUUGGAAAUAAAUGUUCUUUUGGAGACCAA